AUGAUACCCCCGUUCCAGACUACAUUUGCUGUCCCUCUUAGCUGCGAGUCCUGCAUUAAGGAUGUCUCGAGUUCCUUGUACAAGCUUGAAGGCGUGAACAAGGUCGAGGGCGACCUGCAAAACCAGCUCAUCUCGAUCGAAGGCACCGCCUCGCCGUCAUCAAUCGUCGCCGCGAUUCAGGACACCGGCCGCGACGCCAUCCUGCGAGGCAGCGGUGCCUCGAAUAGCGCCGCGGUUUGCAUCCUCGAGAGCCACAGCCAGGCGGUCGAAAACAAGGUUCGCGGCCUCGUGCGCAUGGUGCAGGUCGCCUCCAAUCUCACCAUCAUCGACCUGACCAUCCGCGGGCUGUCACCCGGAACGUAUCAUGCAACGGUGCGCGAGCGCGGGGACAUAUCGGAGGGCCCCGAGUCGACGGGCGGCAUCUGGGAGGCGGUCAAGGCGAAGGCGGAGGGCAAGCCGGCACGGGGAGUGUUUGGAACGGUGCAGGUCAACAAGGGCGGCGUCGGCAGCGUGUUCCUGGAUCGGCCCCUCGAGAUCUGGGAGCUGAUAGGGCGUAGCAUCGUGGUGGCACGAGAGCAGGACGGUCCGUUCGACAAGAACGAUGCCGACACGCUGGUGGGCGUCAUUGCACGGAGCGCAGGCGUGUGGGACAACGACAAAACGGUGUGCUCAUGCUCGGGCAAGACGGUUUGGGAGGAGCGCAAGGAACAGGUGGAUCGCGGCAUGCUCUAA